GCAACCUGUAUCCCUUGAGCAGCGGCUGCUCACACAACAGUUCUCAUGCUACUUGCAAGCAGCUCAUUUGCAGGAGCACCAGCACCGUACCCGGAGGAUGAAUGAAGCCUACAGCUCUGCAGCACCCCGACCCAUGAGCAGCACCUCUCCCAGCACCAUGAAAAUGUUUAUGUGCUUCCUCGCUGUAUUCAUGGUGGUACAGACCAUUGGGACCGUACUUUUCUGCUUAUAUCUUCACAUGAAGAUGGAUAAGAUGGAAGAGGUGUUGAGUUUAAAUGAAGAUUACAUCUUCCUGAGGAAAGUGCAGAAAUGUCAGACAGAAGAAGGUCAGAAGUCAACAUUAUUGGACUGUGAAAAAGUUCUAAAAGGCUUCCAGGACCUCCAGUGCAAGGAUAGGACAGCCAGCGAGGAGUUGCCAAAAUUUGAAAUGCACAGAGGUCAUGAGCACCCCCACUGGAAGAGUAGGAAUGAGACAUCUGUGGCAGAGGAGAAGAGGCAGCCGAUUGCAACGCACCUGGCAGGGGUGAAGAGCAGCAGAGCAGUGCGAGUGCUGGAGUGGAAGACGACGAGCUAUGCCCCAACAAGCAACUUGAUCUCCUACCAUGAGGGGAAGCUGAAGGUGGAGAAAGCAGGGCUCUACUACAUCUACGCACAAGUCAGCUUCUGCACCAAGGCGGCGGCUUCGGCGCCGUUCACCCUCUAUAUUUAUUUGUACCUCCCCAUGGAAGAGGACCGUCUCCUGAUGAAGGGACUCGACACGCACAGCACCUCCACGGCUCUCUGUGAGCUCCAGUCCAUCCGGGAGGGCGGUGUCUUUGAGCUGCGGCAGGGCGACAUGGUCUUCGUCAACGUGACGGACUCAACGCUAGUGAACACCAACCCUGGCAACACCUACUUUGGCAUGUUCAAGCUGUAGAGAGGAAGGGCCCAGCCCGACUCUGUUGAGCCAAGGGGCUUUCCCUGUUUCCCCUAUUUAUGUUCCUCUGCCUCUUUGUUGUUCUUGUUUCUUAUAUUGUAUAUUUUGUUAUUUAUUGAUGAGGGCCAAGGGGCCCUGAGAACAGGAAAGGAAAAAAGUUUGAAGCUGUCGUUGUCUGCACUUCUUUUUUUUCUUUCAUUGGUAGGGUUGCGUGUCUGGUCUAUCAUGCCCUGCUCUGCUGGCCCCAUUACGCCCCAUAAUUUAGCAAACUCUACCAAUGCUCUUUCCUUCCUAACACCUUAGGAUGGCUCAGGGCGCUCUGGCCAUGCUAGGUUCAUGCUUAUCUCCUGUACCCAUCUGUUUACAGAACAUCAACGGAAAAAAACAUUAAAAGGCUGAAGAACAUCUCUAAAGGAAUCAAUCAGCCAGGCACUGUCCCUACAUGUUGGCUGUUGGUGAUACAUUAUUGCCACCCUAACUGUAUUAUGCUGAAAACUCCUUUUUUCCACUCAUAGCUGCCUACAGGACUCAGCCUUCUUGCUCAACAUGUCCAAGUUUGUGCUGGUUGAAAUUCAACCAUCAUCAAAAACACUGUUGGUGGCUGGGGGUGGCUGCUGCUUUCAACCCAGAGCUCUGGUAAGGCACUGGUGUUGCUCUGCUUCUGGUGAACCAAAUUUGCCCAAGAGAAUGCUCUCAUGCCAAAUAAAGAGCCCCUGUGGAAGGGUUUUGGCAUGGUUUGGACAUGCUGCCUCUCUCUAGCUGUCCUCUAUGGGAGCAGAACCAGGAAAGCACUGAGGUGGCAGGGGAUGCACAAAGAUUGGGAACAUUCCUGGAGGCAACAAGUCUACAAGUGGAGGAGAUAUCAGAUCUGGGUGCUUCCUGGGGUUUGCGUGGCAUGAGGCUGUGGGCCUGGUUCUGCUGCAGUGCUCGAGUGCAGGUGCUGCCAGGUUGGACACAUCAGUGAUGAGUGCCCACUGCUGCCUCCACAAAAUCAGAGCAGGAUUGCUAAGCCUGCCUGAUUUUGUCAUAAUUCAAUUUGCAGUUUUUUGUGGCUGUUCUCCAAAGCUGCAUAACUUUGUCUGAGAACGGAGCGUUCUUGUACCAUGCCAUGUAUAAAAACUAUUUAUUUAACUUGAGCUAAAACUGCCUCAUAUUUAUGGACAGAGGGACUAACCCAAAGUGCAUGGGAAACUGCACAGUGUGAAGGAGCUGCAUGUGGCUGUGGUUGUGUUUUGUAAUGCCUUUUGACAUUUGGAGUCCCCAUUCCUGAGUGUAUCUGAUGCAUCGUGCAGGCUGCAGAGCAUUGUCGAGCCCCGCAGCACCUGCUGCAAUGGGGCUUUGCAUAGCAUCAUGCCCCAUGAUGGGGGGCUUUGUCUGCUUUGAAUGCUGCAAACCUUUCCCAGUGUGACCUCUUGAUAUCCUAUACAGGGUUUGGGGAUCAACAGGGCAUCAGGACAGUGCAAGGGACACAGUGGGUACAGCUGGCCCCAAACACAUUGGGACACACUGGAGAUGCAGGGCAGGGCUGGGUGCAUUCCAAGCAAGGGCAGGAGAGCAGGAGGGCAGCAUGAGGUGCAGCUGGAGGGGCUCGUUUAGGAGAUUUAUAGCACCUGGCUGGAACAGGUCUUUUGCUUUUGCCUGGGUGAUGCAAGGUUCUCUUUCCUGCUUUGCAGCAGGUGGAUGGGAUGAUGCGGUGCACAAGCCAGUCUCCCAGCCUCGCACCGCUGCCUUUCCUGGGGCUCUUGUUUCUUGCCUCUGUUUCUUCGCUUGCCAAAAAUAGCCUGUGAGAUGCUGAUGAGAGGCUGCACGUGGGAGGAGAGGCGAUGUGUGUGUCACCAUCCAGCUGUCAGGCUCAGCCCAUGGCCUUCUCCCGGGCUGCUUUGUUCUCCUCCCCUCCGCGGUGCCGCAGCUUUCCUCUCCCCGUGGAAAGUUUGAAGGUCAUCAAUACACUGAUUUUUCCCUCACUGCAGGGCCCCGCUGUCACUUAUUGGGCUGUGGAAUUUAUGGUUUCUAAGAUGAUUUUUCUCCUUCCUGAGCGAAGAAGUAAGAAGGAGCCAAGGGGAAGAUGAAUACACCUUGGUGGCAGCUGCCCUGGCAUGUGGACCAAAUGGGCACCUUCCAGGCUGCCCCAGCCUCACUGGGGGUCUGACUGCACACAUUAAGCUGCUUUUUGGGUCUGUUCUCACACUGGUGGCUUUUGAAGCCCAGCUCUGUUGCCUGGAGGAUGCUGGUGCUGCCUGCAUUAUUUUGCUUGUGCAAAGGGACCUGGUGUAAGGGAAGGGGAUAAACGGAGUCCGUACUCAGUAGAGAUUGGGGGGUUCUGGUUAAGACCUGGAUUUGGCCCCAUGGGGAUGUGGGAAGGGAGGUGCUCCCUCCAAAAUGAGCUGAGGGUUGCUUUGCCUUUGCUCUCUGGACCACUUGUUGCUCAAGGACAUCGGGUUUGGAUGUAGCACUGCUCUGGCUCUGCAGUUUCCUGAAGUACCACUGAAUGUCCCACCAAAGAGUUAAAGAUACCAGGGUGCAAGAAAGGACUUGUCCAAGCAGUAGACCAAAGGAAAUCCUGUCACCACACCUAAUCCCCAGAAAAAAAAAAAAAAAAA